AUGUCGCAACGCGCCACAGGAAGAUGGCGGAUUUACGACCAUGUCGUCAUAACAACGGGCCGCACCGAAGUCUGCGUGUACCCGGAGAAGCUGAACUCUUCAGGGUCGCUACCCAGCGCACAGUCCUGGGCUCCGACCAGUGUUGCAAGGUCAGAAUUCCCUGAUGAUUACCCUGGUCAUGAGAAGAGAUCUCCAGUUGGAGAUGCCCAGGACUCAUGCAAUUCAUCGAAACAGCCUGUAAACAUUGCAGAAUUGGUAGUGCAGGCUAACACUGGAGUCUUUCAAGAUGAGCUUCCUCUUGCCAAACUGACUAGCAAGAAAGAAGUGGACCAGGCUAUCAAAGGCACUGCGGAGGUGUUGGUUCUCAGGUUUGGGAGGGAUGAGGACCCUGUCUGUCUACAGCUGGACGGUAUUCUCUCGAAGACUUCUGCCGACUUAAGUAAAAUGGCUGCUAUUCACCUGGUAGAUGUGGACCACACGCCAGUCUAUACGCAGUACUUUGACAUCAGCUACAUUCCAUCUACUGUGUUUUUCUUCAAUGGGCAGCACAUGAAAGUGGACUAUGGGUCUCCCGAUCACACUAAAUUUGUGGGAAGCUUCAAAACCAAACAAGACUUCAUGGAUUUGAUUGAAGUCAUCUACUGGGGAGCGAUGAGGGGGAAACUUAUUGUCCAGAGUCCUACUGAUCCCAAGAAUAUCCCCAAAUAUGACCUCCUCUAUCAAGACAUUUAGCACAUUUACAGCUGUUGGAGAUGAAAGAGUCGUGACUGGAAACAGGACCUGAACCCAGAGGGCCUGUGCUCUGAAGUCCCGCAGAGACGCGUUCACUGGUCCUGCAAAGCGGUUUGAUGUGCUAAUCAACGGCCCCUGCACAGAAGCCCCAGUACUCCAAGAAUCCAGAUGCCUGAGUGUCCAUUCCCUGAGAGCCUCAGAGCAGUUGGGCAACAGUGUUCCGGUGGUCUUUGUAACUUCCUUUUAUCUGGUCUUGUCUUUCCUCCUUAAGGUCAUGCAUCUUCCUAGACACUGUAAGACCAACUUGAUUACAUGUCUGUGCACACACACACACACACACACACACACACACACACACACAUCCACGCCUCCAUUCACUUGCCCCUUUUGCUCCUUCCUAUCCCAGCUUCUCUUGAAAUAAUGAACAUUCUAUAGUACAGGAGUUUUUUGUUUUCGGGACCUUCAUGUCAUGGACUGAAACCACUGCCCUGGGCAGCUCAUUUACAGCUGGCAGUCUAUUAAAUUGGCAAGAGGAAAAUGUGGCCCUUCACCAUCCAGCAUAGUUUAAGCUAAACAAGUUACUUCCUUGGGAAGUAAGGGAUAGAGCUCCCCAGAAGAC